GACAGGAGCCAGUCUUUACUUUGGUUUGAACCAUCAUGGCACAGCAGCCAAACUUGUUAGGCUCAAGGCCAGUCGGACAAGCGCUCGGAGGAUCACCGCUGGGCAAUCGUCGGGCAUCAAUGCAGCCGAGCUAUGGCCCCGCCGGAUCGCCCUUGAUUGGCUCGGAUCCGAACGCAGCGUACAACCGUCGGGCGUCGAUGCAUCCACCCUAUCCUUCUGCACCUCAGCCGCCGACAUAUCAACUCGGAGGACAGGCUUCAGCGCACGCAUCCCAGCGAGGCUCAAUCUCUUAUACGCCCAGUAUGGCAGGAUCUCCUUUUGCCAGCAGCAACGCUAGCCAAGCACGACCUGCGCCUGCCAACCCUGAUGCGCCAAUUGAGAAGAUUCGUGCGAUCAGCAGCAAGAUGGAGGACUACCUUGAGCUGUUCUCGCAGCCCAUCAAGCCCUAUCUGCCCGGCCUUGGCCGCUUUCUCAUCGUCGUCACGUUUCUCGAGGAUGCGCUGAGAAUAACGACGCAAUGGAGCGAGCAGACCUACUACCUCAAUCGACAUCGCCAUUUCCCCAAAUUCCUCGCUUAUAUCUUCCUCGCGCUCAACGUUGCCGUCAUGUUCGCUGGCUCUGGCUUGGUCAUCACGAAGCGCUUCCCGGAAAUCGCCGUGGCAGGCCUGCUCUGCGUCGUCGUCGCCCAAGGACUCGGCUACGGCCUCAUCACCGAUCUCAAUUUCUUCCUGCGUAACCUGUCAGUCAUUGGCGGCUUGCUCAUGGUGCUCUCCGACUCCUGGAGCCAAGCAUCAAAGAAGAUCUUCGCCGGCAUUCCCAGCAUGAGUGAGACCGAUCGCAAGCAUUAUUUCCAGCUUGCCGGACGCGUCUUGAUGAUCUUCCUCUUCCUUGGCUUCAUUCUGAAUGGACAGAUGACUAUCUUGCGUGCAUUCGUAGCACUCGUCGGUCUGGCGGCGUGCAUCAUGGUCGCUGUAGGAUUCAAGGCCAAGCGCUCAGCGACUGUCCUCGUUCUCAUCCUGAGUACUUUCAACGUUUUCGUCAACUCUUGGUGGACUCUGCACAAAUAUGAUACCCGAAGGCGAGCUCGUACACGACUCCAGCCAAGAUAUUCUAACCUGAGCUCCGCAGAGAUUUCCAAAAGUACGACUUCUGGCAAACGCUGUCCGUCGUGGGCGGAUUACUCUUGCUUGUCAAUCAAGGCCCCGGCGGUUACUCUGUAGACGAAAAGAAAAAGGGCGAGCCUCAUGAGCAUCCGCUCAGGAUUCAAAUAGCUGACCAGAAAAGCAGUCUUCUGAGCGGCGAGGACCUCAUCUGCCUUGUGUGUACUUUAAUGACGAUGCAGACAAAUCUCGCGC